AAUUUUUUAAAUUCAAUUAUUUCCAAAUUGGAUAGCAUGCAGUCCUCUUACUUUUGAUAUUAAUAGACCUUUUCACGCAGGGACGGAUCUAGGGGGAGGGUGCAGGGGGUGCGCACCCCCCCCCCCCCGAGAUGACCUGCGGUUUUCUAAUACAACUGGUAUUCUGCAAAAAAAAAAAACUAUGUGGUUUGUUGGUGUUGAAGUAGAGCAAGAGACGAGUGCACCCCCUCCUAAAAAAUCCGCCCCUGUCAAGGUUUUUUUCAACUUUUGACAUGGACAAGUUAGGGAAAAUCCAACGAUACCACUGGACAGAUCGCGUUAAUCAAUAGUAGUAAAAGUGCCAAAUUUGAAAGUGAUACAUCUUAACCGAGCGAAGAGAGCUCCGCAAAAUUGGGAAAAUUUACAGACGUUUAUAUGGUGUGUAUACUUUGGCAUAUUGUAGUCAAGUAUAAGCUUAAAUUGUACCGCAAUUUUGAGCACAAAGGAGACAAAGCAACAAUGCAAAUACUUAAUUUAAAAACGAAAACUAUUACAAGUAAACAUUCCAUCCAUAUCAUAUCAUUACCUCAAACAAUUUCCGCAGACUUUGUCCUUUUGUUAUAUUAUGCCUACAUCUAUCAGUAUUUUCUUAUUCCCGUCCAAAGUUUCAGUGCUUGUACAUUUUCAAGAAUCGUUGUUUGUUUCCAAUGCAAACUUUCAACGGUUUGGUCUUACAUUUUCCUGUUAAAUGGCCCAGACAGGAAGCCAAAACAAAACUACAUUCACAGCAACAAGAAGCCACGGGUGCAUGUACGCCGACGAACGGCCGUCAGUCAAUGCAACGAGACUUUUUUGGCGCGUUAUCACAGGGACUUUGCGCUGAUUGGCUAGUUUGCAUUGCCUAUCGUAUUUUCUGGCAUUUGAUUAGAUCAGACCAGCUAUUUUUUUUUUCUUAAAAAGGACAGCUUGCCUGUUUGUAUAGGAAAGUCCUGUCUGAAAUUAUCCAAAUUAAAUCCUCGUAAAAAUUAAAGGAUAGUAGCUUUGCUGACAGUAUCGGAUUAUCUAACAGCUAUAUAAUUAUUAGGGAAAUAAAGGCAUGAAACGACCGAUUCGGUUAACUUUGCCUACUCUGGUACAGUUUUAAAGAGUGCAAGGAUUAUUUACGCCCAUUUAAUUAAAUCGCCGAAGCAAAUAAAUCUUUUGUAGACCAGAAUUGAAGAUUAUACUGAUUAGAAGACGGUAUGUAGUAGUUACGAUUUCUAAUACGAUUUACUAAGUACGGUUCCCUAUAAGGAAAAUGCACUGGAAAUCAAUGCAAAAAAGAGAGAGUAAAGUAAAAAAUAAACAACCACAAAGAAAAAAAAAAUUCUUCUCUAGAGAAACAAGCACCACAGUCAUAUAUCAUUCUUAGAGGGAAACUUUUUGCGGGUACCAAGUCGCUCUGGAAAUUGCAUCGACAGGGUUGCAAGAGGGAUAAGUCUCAACGGUGUCACCGCCCGGCAAGCGAGCCUAGCGCUACUGUUAAAAUAUUAACAUUGCACUGAUGAUGAAAUAUCUGUCUAAUGUCACUCAGCACCUUCCCCUUGUGAAAAAUCCGCCGGCCUGGAUGUAGCAUUUCUCGUGGAUCGCACAAGAAGCUUAGGAAGAGAGAACUACCAGCGACUUAAAGGUUUCCUUAUUCAGAUAAUUGACGCCAUGAACAUUGGACCAAACGCUACUCACGUUGGUAUCAUAUUGUUCAGUAAAUACCCGAAGGUGUUGAACACAUUUAGUGACUCCAGAUACUACAAAAAAUCAGAGGUACAUUAUCUGAUUGAAGACCUUUCCGACAAACUGAAAGGGCGCACCUUCAUCGACAGAGCCUUAGAAGCCGCUAAUAACACAUUAUUUACAAAAGAGGGCGGUGACAGACCUAAAUUUCCCAAUGCGUUGGUUCUCUUCACCGAUGGAAAAACCAACAAAGAGUCUAAACCUUAUGAGGAAAUCAUCCCUUCUCUCAAGGUGAGUAAUGGAGCUAAACUUAAUUUCCAGGCACUUCUUCUGGUCUCAUACCCAAACACCUCUCAAUCGCUAGGUUGCCUUAAAAAUUAUUCCAGACUAGCCAGUCGAACAUAUACAGUAAUCAUUGCACCUUAUCAGUCUCUAACAGGCGCUUAUCUGGAUCAAAAUUCAAGGCAACUAUCAAGGGAGCAGAUAUUCGAUUGCAAUACGUUACGCCCUGACUUAACAAAAGAUAAAAGUCGUAUAACUUCUUUAAAACAUUUGUUAAGUUGAUAUUCAAACACAUUUAUUUUCUUAGAUUCCUGCAAUAAUUAGGACAGACUCGAAGGAAAUUCGAUACCCUGUUUAGGGCGGAGAGGACUAAAAGCUGUCCUGCUGCACAUCCCCGUACAGGCCAUAUAAGGGAGUACAGCCCCCGCGGAGUAGCCUAAUCACUAUCUUAAAGUUCUGAUUACAAUACGCUUGUUAAUGCUUCCGCUCUUUACUUAGGCGAAAGGAGUUCGCAUUACUGCUCUUGGAAUAGGACCCAAUGUUAAACCAGAUGAACUGAAAAGGAUUGCUGGAGACAACUAUAACCGCUCAGCCACUUUCAAAAAUUUGCCGGACUUUUUCACUCAAAUACUAACCCAAACAUGCAGUGAGUGAUUUCAGUUUUCAUCUCCUUAUAUAAAAUUUUCUGUUUUUUAUUGUGAUUUGUUCUUUGAAAAACUCAUUAAAAACCUCUGCAGUUGAUAUUUUCUCAAUUAUACAUCGCCUGGCUUAUUUAAAACUUGCCCGAUUUCAAGGAGUUUCGUUUAUUGUUUGAACGUUUGUCAGUAGAGACCUUAAGAUUAUAGGACAAGGAUAAAUCUUUCAAUACUAAGUGGUGCUCGCGCGUGAAACAGCAUCAUUUUGGCGGGAAAACGUUAACGUGGUAGCCGUCGUCAUUCUACUACAGGGUUAAGCGAGAGGGACCUUAAGAUCUUAUGAUGGCAACGGUAAUGAGAACGUCAAAAAAGCAAUUUAAGAAUGCAUCACGCUUUUUUGUACAUUUCUUUGCCUUCACUACGCAACUACGACGUGAAAAUGCCUAAUUUCACGUUUUUCAGAUACAGUAUAUAGUCCUUUUAUUGGUUUUCAUUUGCUGCUUUGUUUAAUUCAUAUAGGUGUUGACGGCCGUUUUUCUCGCUGGAAUUCUUGGUCUAAGUGCAGUGCGUCAUGUGGCUUAGCUGGAGUACAAAAGCGCACCAGAACAUGUACCAAUCCUCCUCCACAGGGGUAUGGUAAGACCUGUACGGGAGAUUACGAGCAGAGCAGAAGCUGCAAUACAAAUCCUUGCCCAACAGUUCAACGUAAGUAUUCAUGAUUGGUCCUUAUAUACAUUUUGGCUUAUAAUUACUUGAUAUGAAUGCUAUAAUAUAGGGACGAUUAUUGAGAAACUUAUUUCAAUCCUAACGCAUAACAAUAUUGUAUUGUCCUUAGACUGCUUGCAGAGCGUCUUUUCUCUUAAAAUCCGUUGAGCAGGAGCAAAAGCAUUUCCACCCUCACACUUAACCUCUUUCGUUGACAAGAUUCUGUCUGUCAUUUAUCUUAAAUUAGGAUUUAGAACUGUGGCUAAAAAAAGUGAAACUUAAUAUGCUUUACCCUCUAAAUGUUUUUUUUAUUAUUAUUUUCGUCUUUUUCUCCGUAUAUUCUGACACACAGAGCCUGAAAGUCAAGACAAAGGAGCAAAUGGAGUUAUCUUGCCACAGCUUAAAGAUUUGGAGCUGAGUGAAAACCACAGUGGAACAUUAAAGUAA